AUGGUUCUUAAGGACCCAGUGAUUUCUAAUGGAGGAGCAUACACUUGCGAGCCCCAGACUAAUGGAUGGGAUGGAGAAUGUAGGAAUGAUGGUCUUUCAAGUGCAGCAUAUGGUGCCGACCAUUUAUUUGUUUCAAAGCUUGGCAUGGAAGAACAAGCGGAGAAUAAUUUUCCUUCUCGUCUUGUUCAACAGAGUGAGAGCUUAUUAGAGAGGCUUAAGUCGCUUGAAAAGUCAAGGGGCAUUCUGCAAGAUCAGGAUUCCUUGUCAAAAUAUAUUUUGGAGAUUGAGAUCAGGCUCUCUGAUUUUAGGUCUCUUGCAUCCCAUGGAUCAUCUUUGCUUCCGUUCUGGGUGCAUUCUGAUAAGCGGAUUAAGCAACUUGAAAGUGUAAUUAAUAACGACUUGUUGCAGACUUUUAAGUCAGCACGGGACGAAGUUGAGGAUGCAUAUGUCCAUGUCUCUGAAGGAUUGGAUGGACAUCAAAAAGGCAUUGGACAUGAAUUUGAAGUGGAUGAUGCUGAGAACAAAAACUUUGUUACUUCUGAAUUUUCUAAUUCUUCUCAGGUUGAUGGUUCAGUUUUAGGUGAUCAAGAUACAUGCAAUGAACCUCCUAUAAAUGCUGAGCACAUUCCUUCUGCGUCAUCUCCUGGUAGCCAGUUGGAAAUUGGGGGAGGCUACAAUAAAAAUGUUGAUACUAUGGUACCUCCCGAGGAAUUAACUCAUACACAUGGGUCUAAUGUUGGAGAAGAUGUUGAUAUGGAUGUGGACAUGGAAGUUGAAGAUUUGAAUUCCUCAGGCAAUGUAACUGUGGUAGAUAUGCCUGUGAUGAAGGGUUUUGUGCAAACAGAGCAAUCAGUGCAGGGGAAUCUAGCUGCUGACCACCAUUCUGUAUUGCCAGAGGAUGAGUUUGUUGUUCCUCCUCCUCCAGAUGAUGAAUGGAUACCUCCACCACCACCUGAUAUUGAACAGGUGCCCCCUCCACCCCCACCUGAUGAUGAACAAAUGCCCCCUCCACCACCUGAUGAGCCAUCAGUGUCUACAUAUACUGCUGUCCCUUCUUACCCAGAGGCAGGGCAGUCCCUUUCUUACCCACAAUACAAUCUAGCUUAUCCGGGUGCUAGCUCCGAGUAUUAUGGACAUGCAGCUGCUGAAAUCCCAGGCAGUACCAUAUAUGGGCAUGCUGAAGGAUGUCAAAUUGCUAUGCCACCUGCGCAGCUAUACUAUAGUGCUGUUCCCAUUUCUUAUGGUGAAAGCUCCCAAGUUAUAGUUAAUUCUGCAGAGCCUGUACCCUAUUAUGAGCAUCAAGAUGGAACUGAUCCAAGGUCCUUACCUCAUAUCAAUAAUAGUGUCCUGAUGUUACUGGUGGGGCUGACAUGGCAUCAGGUGAUGUCCCUCCACCUCGGCCAGCAUCAAAGAAUCUGCUACUGUUUCGGUUAAUGAUGGUGUUUCACUGGUGUCAGCCAACACUGUAUCUGCUGCUGGCAGUACUGCCUCAUCAUCAGUUGCUAAGGUGCAAAACAAAGUUGUUCGUAGUAAAAAGCGUGCAGUUGCAGUUGGCUCCUCCUUGAAGUCUAAUAAGAAAGUUUCUAGUUUAGUAGA